AUGCCGUCAAGACCAUUAGGGAGGACAACGACACGCUCUGGGACUAUAUCUGCUGGAAAAUCCGCAGGAUCUUCACUAGCAACUUCUUCGAAUGUUCUUCGUCACAACGCACCGUCAUCAUCAAAGUCGGUCUUAGUUUCUCAAAAUGCGGUUUCUACAUAUGUUGAAGAAGAGCUCUCGAAGAGACUGGAUGCAAAUCUUCACAUUGAUACCUCUGGAAAGAAGACAAUCUCGACCACUUCAUCGUUACGCCACACGAAGCAAACCACUGCCUCUUCGAAAACGCACCCGGAAGAAUUACUAGCCAAAAGGCUUGACCAGACUCUUCAUAUCUCCCCGAAUACUGCAUCUUCUGAUGCCGGGAAGCUAAAGGGGAACGCCACGACUGUUGACGACCCAAGACAGGUCGCCUCCCAAGCGUUGGUUGAUUUGAAAAUCUCAUCACAGAAGCUCGCCGAUGCCGUCCAGCUUGGAUGGAGAGUAUCUACCCCUAUUAAAGAUAUCUCACGGAAGUCAUUGGAUAGUUCUCUAUCCAUCGCUUGUAAAUGUAUAAGUCAACUGAGAGCAUCUCCUGUUGCACGUCCAAUGGAUGUAGAGAAAUCGGCAGCUCAGAUUAUUGGGCGCGCGAUUUCAUUGGAACUGUUUGAGGAUGCCUCGAGGCUACUCUUAGAGGCGCGACCGUAUGUUCUGAAACUCGUCUGCCCGCUACUGCCACAAAUGAGUGGAGAAUUCUCUGGGCCCUCCGGGGAGGUGGGCGUCGCGUUCGGUCUUCCCUCGCCAGCCUCGGGGAAUGUUGUCGAUGAUGACAACCUGCCGUCGUUGGCGGCAGCCUACCAACUUCAUAGUCUUCAGUCAUACCUUCCAUUGGCAACUGAACAAACUAUUGAUGCGUUCUUGAACAACGGCACCUUGCUAGCGUGGUCAACCGUAUUGCAUCAGCACCUGUCCGAGUCACAGUGCGCCGCCCUUUUUACGAGCGCCUUUCAGGCUGCAGCGAAAUGUGGGCCUCCGCUAUCGGCUCGUACUUUGUUUCGUAUCCGCGCUUGGAGUUUGAAGUGUCUCCUUUCAAGUCCCAUUUUGAAGGAGGGACCUUUCUGGGAUCAGGCGGGGAAAUACUCCGCCUCCUACGUUCGAGCUGUCGGCGAUAACGCACGACAGCCGGUGGCUACCUUGUUGGACGACCUAUUCUUGCAAGCAUCGGAGCGCAAAGACACCUCCAGAUUUUUCCAUGGGAAAGGGUUCAUCGGCAUAUGCGAGUAUCGUUUGAAACUGGCUAGACUAACAAAAAGUCGCUCUGAAAUUGACCGCUUCAAAUCAAUGCUCGAAAAUGCGUCGAAGAGUCUUGAGUCUGACAGCCAAGAUGACGAUGUGCAAAAAGGCGCUGACCUCAAGGUCGUUCGGUUGUGUACCAUGGUGUCGGACUAUAGUUCAAUAUUGGAGAUUUUGCACUCCGAUCCUCAAGCCGACUUCAGCGCUCUUCGCUUGGGUGCUUUAACCGUCGAUGAAUGCACCCAGCUGAUUGCGGAGGGAGCGAUUGCCCCUGAAAAUACCCGAAAGAUCAACGCUGAGCUCAAUAAACUAAGACAAAGGUGUACUCAACUCCUAGUCUCUCGUUUUGAGCAUUUAGAAGCCGAUGAUAAUGAAGUUGAAGCUUCUGUGGAUAGCUCAUCGCGACCAAGCACCCCUGUUGCGAGACGAACAAAAUCGCACGAUGCCUUGCAGGGCGCAUAUACCGUUGCUGCCUCCAAGCUACUUUCCGCCGUAUCGAUCCACUUGACAAAUUCCCAGGUGGCACCCGUUGCGGAGUAUGGUGUCUCAUGCGUUGACUCACUGAUAUGCCUUGCUCGUACCAAUUUAGCACAACCAGGCAUUCACCCAAGAACCAUUCGAGAGUUCCUGGAUCGAGCUGCGUCAGUUGCCCGCAAAUUGGCAUCUGAACUAGAUGCCCAAUCGAGUGCACUGUUGAAGUCCAUAUCUUCUGCCUUCUGGACUGUUGCGGUUACUUUAUUUAAUCGGGGUCAGCAUGCGACAGCUGUACCCUUCCUGACCCAAUCUUGUCACCUGGCACAAGAAUUACAAGGGUUAAAGUUGCCAAACGCGGCAGAUCAAGGGCUACAGGCUAGCCAACUUUCAAUAUCCAACGCCUUGCCUAAGCGUUGGGAGUUGCUUGGCUUCUGUCAGUCACGCACCGGAGAUCGUAGGCUUGCAUAUGAUGCGUUUCAACGCGGCAUUGUUUCUUCACGACAUUUUUUCCCUCAAGUUGCAGGAUUAUCUCACCGGAUUCUGCCCGCGGAUCUCUUUCUUUCGAGCCCUGGUAUGCGACCCCUUGAGUCGCUCCUGGAGAGGUUGACGCUUUUCACAACCCACGAGCUGCUUGAUUGUUCUUCUGUCACACUGCUUGACAUUUUCUCUGACAUGGACAUUCCUACCACUGACGAGGAAAAGGAGGCUGUGGCAAUGCUUAUGGAAGUCCAAUUGUCAACGCUCCGCAGACAUCCUGGCUUUCGCUUAAAAGAAAGCCAAACAAUGCAAAAGAAGAUCAUGGACAGCUGCCUCGUCGUAUACAAUCUAGAAUAUCCGAUUCGCCGAAUACGGAUUCUCAUGAAAAUGUUAACUUUUUUUUACCUCAAUAUCGAUAUCGCUGCUGCCAUUGAAACCCGGAACGAACUUCAAAGGCUGCUGUGCCCAGAUGCUCACACAGUCAGUGCCCCGAACCUGGACUCCAUUUCAAAGCGAUAUGGAGACACUCGUGAUGCUCUCCUGACACCUUUUAUUCCGCAAUACAUCGCUACUGUGUCGCUGCUCUCAGCUCUUAUCACGCAUCGUUUGGGGGAUUCUGCCACACUUUUAUGUGAUAUCCGCUCCCAAGCUUCUUUGUCAAUGAUAAUUUUUCGCGAUUACGUGCUCCCUGCGCAAUCCGAAAUCGAACAUAGUGCCUCUGAAACGACGAAGGCAAUCAGUUCUGCACCCAUCAAUUGUCUACUCGGUGCUACAAAGCCAUCGCAGGCGAAAUUUGACGACAUCGAUUUCUCAGAUCUCCUUGGGCGGAUUUUCGGUAGUGUAGGGCUCAUCGUCCCAAAAUUGGAGGUUCUGCGAGUCAGAUUGGGUCUGGCGAAGUUUCCUGGAAGCUGGGAAAAUACUAGAAUUAGGAUCUUAGUAGAUUUAGCACGGGAAUACCGUCGUUUGGAAUAUUUUCAGCGCGCAACCACUAUGUAUGCCGAGGCCUUCGCGGUAUUGGGUGAUUACAAGGGCACUGUCACGAAGGAAACACAGGUGGAGUUAUUCCUUCAGUACGCAGUCCACAUAGCAAGCACAGGAAACGCAGAUCAGGCGUUAGCAGGGUACAAUAAUGCUUUGGCACUGAUGGAGACUAUCGAAGCAGAGAGGCCGUCAUCGGGACCGAGCAAAGCUAACUUCCGACUCGCAUCGUUACUAACAGCUGCACUGGCUUCUCAGGCAUUUUCCUCCAUCCAAAUAUCGAGGGACAACGUGACAGCUGGGAUUGAUGGCUUACUGCAAUCUCUCCGCCUGUGGUCCCGCGCUGCGGAACUACUUGCUCGGUUGUACGAAACUUCCGUUUCUGCGCCGCCUGGGACACUAGACCAUUCACCCAAUCCAUUUGAGGUUUCUGGAAUCCCUGUAUCCAUUCUCAAGCCACCAAGCUCCAAUCUAGAUGUGGUGCAAUGGAAGGUAGUGGAGUCUAUAGCAGACGUUCAACUUACCUUAGGGAGAAUAUACUAUACUCGUGGCUCCGUACGCGAAGUGGAAUAUUUUCUCGACAAGGCUUUGGCCUUGGCUCAGUCUGUCAACGCUUUGGGGAUCACACUUCGCGUGAAGCUGGUGCUAGGUGAAGUCAAACUCCUUUCGGCCAAUCAGGAGGUGGGAGAAAAGUACUUGUCAGAGGUGGCAAUGAUGACAGAAACUUUCGUUUCCCUGGAGAAAAUAGAUCUCCAUCGUGUAUGGGGCGAUCUCAGUAUGCGCGAAGGCAACAUGGAAGCCGCAGGACGCGCCUUUGAAGCUGCGAUGUACGCCUUCGAGACCCUUAGAUCCGAAUUCGAGGUGACUGAAAGCGGCCGAGAUGCAAACGAUCAGUGCGAUUCUGCAACUAAGGAUUUGGAUUUAUUUCCAUCAAUUCUCGCACUGAUUCUUCGCCAACAAAUUUGGUUAUCGCGGGAUAAUGCAGGGGCCAAUUCCGAUUUUGCGAAGCUCCUUGACCGAUUCCUAGCGCUGUCCCACACAGAAGGAUUCGAGCAUCUCUUGAUGGGGAGGUUGACAUUUGAGGAAGUGCAUGCACGAUUCCGCGCCGACAUCGUUCUUAGCUCUCUCCCAGAAUCGACCAUAGCAGUGCCAAUGGGGAUGACUGGAGGAGAUAUUGCGACACCACCAACGGCCACGCGGGAACUACUGGCCGCCUUGAGCACGGCAGAGAAAUUCUUUUGGGCCUGCUUAGAGUCAAAUCAACCAAUUGGGUCUUCCCUUCAGAUUCACGAAGCGGUGAAAUGCCUCGCGCUUAUCAGGACGUUCCAAUCAAGCCUAGGAGUGAAGGCGAGGAACGGGUCGAUAGUGACGGCGUCGCUUCUCGAUCUUAAUACUGCGUUUACACUUCGACAUGAGCUUCUAGACUGUAUCAACGUUAAGUCUUUAUCGAUGAUGCAGGACGACUUGCAAUGGCAUCGGAUGUCUGCAACUGGAUCUCCGCUCAGAGCUCCACCAGCUGGACCACGUAAGAAAACUACACUCUUCGCUGACAGCGACGAUUCCGACGUCGAUAACCCAAAGAAUCCCCCGAUGCAUGAUUACUGGCGCGAAGUCCGACAUCGUUACAUGUCUCACUCCUGGGACCCUGUCUCCCUCACUGCAUCCCAGAUCGAUCUGAUUCCCCCUCACUGGACUGUCGUAGGCGUAAAUGUGACCCAAGACAGAAGUACUCUCAUCCUGACUAGACAAAGAGCCUACCAACCACCGCUUAUUUUUCACCUACCUAUCGGUCGCCAUGAUCGGCGGGAAGAUCACGAUGAGCCCCGUUUCUCUUUUGAGGGUGCCAUGGAAGAGCUGGGCUCGAUUAUAGCGAGGAGCAACGAGACUGCCCAGAAUGCAAAGAACAUCCAAGAAAGGGAAGGUCGCAGAUUGUGGUGGGCGGAGCGAGCGGCUCUGGAUCAGCGAUUAAAGGCAUUUGUUGAAAAUGUUGAAUACUGCUGGCUAGGUGCUUUCAAGGUUUGUAGCUUCUCUACGGCUAUGGGAUCAUCGGCUCAGUUUCAAUGGAAGGUCGCCUUCUGCGAACCGUGUGACGUUCCAUUGGAGGUAGUGGAUUCGUUUCGCACGAAAUUAGAGCGUGUGUUGCGGAGAAAUGGUUGUGUUCGUGACAGGAAAAGCAAAAGUCAUCUGCACCUAGAUGAUGCCAUCUUGAAAUGUUUCUCCUCACUAUCUCCCAAAUGCCGAGAUGAGGAACUCGAAGACUUGGCAUACUUCGUGCUGGACUUGUUCCAGCUCCACGGUGCUCAAGUCGCCUCAUCGGAGAUAGAUAUUGAUCAGCUCGUCAUCGAUCUUCGGACUGUACUUGAGGAACAUGCGCAAGCCCUCGCGAAGCAUGAUGUACUGCCACCGAAGGAUCACCACCUCUUCUUAGUCCUUGGCAAGGAACUGCAAUGCAUUCCAUGGGAGUCCAUACCAGUUCUCAGAGGGCGCCCUGUUAGCAGAAUCCCGUCAGUUUCAUUCCUCGUUGACCGUGUACAUCUAGCCCACCAUUUGAGAGGAUUUACUCUUUCGUCUUUGGGGGGGUUGCAUCUUCCUAUCGUCGAUCGUGCAACAAUUAAUCCCAAGAGAACUUUCUUCAUACUAAACCCAAGCGGCGAUCUGAAGUCCACCCAGGAGCGCUUCGAGGACUGGCUCAACAAAAUGAAAAAAGUGGGAUGGGAAGGAAUUAUUGGCCGAGUGCCAGCUGAGGAAGAACUCGUUCGUGCACUCACCACACAUGAUCUGGUGAUAUACUUUGGACAUGGUGGCGCUGAACAAUACAUCCGAUCACAUAAAAUCAGGAACUUGCCAAAGUGUGCAUCGACAAUGUUAUGGGGUUGUUCGUCGGGAGUUCUGAAAGACAUGGGCGAGUUCGAUCGGGUUGGAAACCCAUAUCACUACAUGAUCGCGGGAUGCCCUUCCCUCAUAGCGAAUUUGUGGGAUGUUACGGACAAAGACAUCGAUAGGUUUUCAGAAUCUGUUUUCCAGAAACUGCGGUUAGACGAAAGUAACGUACGAAAAUGGGUAUCGCUUUCCGAUGCUCAUUUGUGCUCGUCCGCGGGACGCCGCAAGGAGGGAGUACGCCGAAGGGCGAAUCCUAGUGACCAAGACUGCGCGGAAACCAAUGGGGCCGUUGGUACAUCAGUAGUGGACGCCGUCGCCACUUCUCGGGACAUCUGCAAGCUGCAAUAUCUGACCGGGGCGGCUCCAGUGAUCUACGGUAUACCUUACUACCUUUAA